ACUCAGUAAGUUCGGCGCGCCCGCUCCGGCCGGCCUGCGCCUCCCGCCGCCCGCCCGCGCCCGCGCCCGGGAUGUAUUCGUCCCCGCUCUGCCUGACCCAGGAUGAGUUCCACCCGUUCAUCGAGGCGCUGCUGCCGCACGUGCGCGCCUUCGCCUACACCUGGUUCAACCUGCAGGCGCGCAAGCGCAAGUACUUCAAGAAGCACGAGAAGCGCAUGUCGCGCGAGGAGGAGCGCGCCGUGAAGGACGAGCUGCUGGGCGAGAAGGCCGAGGUGAAGCAGAAGUGGGCCUCGCGGCUGCUGGCCAAGCUGCGCAAGGACAUCCGGCCCGAGUGCCGCGAGGACUUCGUGCUGGCCGUCACCGGCAAGAAGGCGCCGGGCUGCGUGCUCUCCAACCCGGACCAGAAGGGCAAGAUGCGGCGCAUCGACUGCCUGCGCCAGGCCGACAAGGUGUGGCGGCUGGACCUGGUCAUGGUCAUCCUCUUCAAGGGCGUGCCGCUCGAGAGCACCGACGGCGAGCGCCUGGUGAAGGCGGCGCAGUGCGGGCACCCGGUGCUCUGCGUGCAGCCGCACCACAUCGGCGUGGCCGUCAAGGAGCUCGACCUCUACCUGGCCUACUUCGUGCGGGAGCGAGAUGCGGAGCAGGGCAGCAGCCCGCGGACAGGGCUGAGCUCAGACCAGGAGGACAGCAAGCCCAUCACACUGGACACGACGGAAUUCCAGGAGAGCUUUGUCACCUCCGGCGUGUUCAGCGUCACGGAGCUCAUCCAAGUGUCCCGCACACCUGUGGUGACUGGCACAGGACCCAACUUCUCUCUGGGAGAGCUGCAGGGGCACCUGGCCUACGACCUGAAUCCAGCCAGCACGGGGAUGAGAAGGACGCUACCUAGCACGUCCUCCAGUGGAAGCAAGCGGCACAAAUCGGGCUCUAUGGAGGAGGACGUGGACACGAGCCCCGGCGGCGACUACUACACCUCGCCCAGCUCUCCCACGAGUAGUAGCCGCAACUGGACGGAGGACAUGGAAGGAGGCAUCUCAUCCCCCGUAAAGAAGACAGAAAUGGACAAGUCGCCCUUCCACAGCCCGUCCCCCCAGGACUCCCCGCGCCUGUCCAGCUUCACCCAGCACCACCGGCCCGUGAUCGCCGUGCACAGCGGGAUCGCCCGGAGCCCGCACCCGUCCUCGGCUCUGCACUUCCCCACCGCGUCCAUCCUGCCGCAGACGGCGUCCACCUACUUCCCCCACACGGCCAUCCGGUACCCACCCCACCUCAACCCCCAGGACCCGCUCAAAGAUCUCGUGUCGCUGGCCUGUGACCCGGCCAGCCAGCAGCCUGGACCGCCUACUCUGCGCCCGGCGCGUCCCCUGCAAACCGUUCCUCUCUGGGACUAGAGCCGAGGGAUCACAGUCCUGGUACCUGGGAUAGCAGCGUUCUGUGCCCCCCACCUCCUCUCCAUCGCCCGGGAAUUCCCGGGGGGGCAGCGCCGCCCGCCCCCCCCCAACCCACAUUUGCGGUGGGAAGUUAAGAGCGAGCAAGAACACCCCACCAACGCCCAGCCCGGCCAAAAAACCAACCCACAGACAGACCCAGCGGGAGGAGAAGGAAAAGCAACCCCCCCCCCC